AAGGCGGCGGGCGGGCGGGAGGCGGUGGUGGCGGUGGUUGGGGCCAUUGCUCUGCCCGCCGGGUUUUCCCCCCCUUCCUGCGGGCUCUGCCGUUCGUUAGUCUGCCUGUUAAAAAGAGGAGGCAAGAUGGCCGAGCUGGGCAGCAAGGGGGUCACCGCCGGGAAAAUCGCCAUCAACGUUCAGAAGAAGCUGACUCGGGCGCAGGAGAAGGUCCUUCAGAAGCUUGGGAAAGCAGAUGAAACAAAAGAUGAGCAGUUUGAACAGUGCGUGCAGAACUUCAAUAAACAGCUGUCUGAAGGCACGAGGCUGCAGAAGGACCUCCGAACUUACUUGGCUUCUGUGAAAGCUAUGCAUGAGGCCUCCAAGAAGCUGACAGAGUGUCUGCAGGAAGUUUAUGAACCAGAUUGGCCUGGGAGAGAUGACACGAAUAAAAUAGCAGAGAACAAUGAUCUCCUCUGGACAGAUUUCCAUCAGAAGCUGGUGGAUCAGGCGCUCCUGACCAUGGAUACGUACCUUGGCCAAUUUCCUGAUAUUAAAUCUCGUAUAGCGAAGCGAGGGCGGAAGCUUGUGGAUUAUGACAGUGCUAGACACCACUUUGAAGCCCUGCAAACUGCAAAGAAGAAGGAUGAAACCAAAAUUGCAAAGCCUGUUUCGCUGCUUGAGAAAGCUGCGCCUCAGUGGUGUCAAGGGAAGCUACAAGCUCACCUCGUUGCGCAAACUAAUCUGCUCCGAAAUCAGGCUGAGGAAGAGUUAGUAAAGGCUCAGAAGGUAUUUGAAGAGAUGAAUGUUGAUCUGCAGGAGGAGCUGCCUUCACUAUGGAAUAGCCGUGUUGGUUUCUAUGUCAACACAUUCCAGAGUAUAGCAGGCCUAGAAGAGAACUUCCAUAAAGAAAUGAGCAAGUUGAACCAAAACCUUCAUGAUGUCCUGUUGGGUCUAGACAAGCAGUACUCAGGCAAUGCCUUCCCAGUUAAAGCACAGCCCAGAAAGAAAACUAAACUGUUCGCCAGGCUGAGGAAAAAGAUGAGCAGUGACAGCACCCCAGCGAAAGCAAAUAAAAGCCCCUCGCCUCCACCAGAUGGAUCUCCCAUCACCAGCCCUGAGACCAAGACUGUCAACCACGAUCUGGAGCCGUCCACUUUGGAAACACCUGGGGCAAGCAUCCCCAAGUCACCAUCUCAGUUGAGGAAAGGGCCUCCGGUGCCUCCGCCUCCAAAAGUCACCCCCUCCAAGGAGAUCAAGCAGGAGAACAUCAUCAGUCUGUUUGAUGACAAUUUUGUCCCCGAGAUAAGUGUGACAACCCCUUCGCAGUUUGAUGCCCCUGGGCCCUUCCAGGAGGGAGCCAGCCUGUUGGAUCUGGAUUUUGAUCCCAUUAAACCAGAUGCCACUGUGGGGAAGACCCCCACACCUGCCUCCCAGUCUUUACCUUGGGAUUUAUGGGAGCCUGCAGAAGCAGCCCAUGCCGGAGCUGAAGCAGCUGGAUCAGAAGCAGCAGCUGGAGCUGAACCAUCUAAAACUGAAGCUGAUUCAGGAUCGAGCUCUCUGCCUGCUGUUGUUGUGGAAACUUUCCCUGCUACCAUCAAUGGCACUGUGGAAGGAGCUUCAUCUGAAAGAGCUGACAUGCCCCCAGGUUUUCUAUUCAAGGUCCAGGCCAUGCAUGAUUACACAGCCACCGACAGCGAUGAGCUGCAGCUGAAGGCUGGGGAUGUGGUGCUUGUGAUUCCUUUUGAGAACCCUGAGGAACAGGACGAAGGAUGGCUGAUGGGUGUGAAGGAGUCUGACUGGAUCCAGCGCAAGGAACUUGACCAGUGCCGAGGGGUAUUCCCAGAAAAUUUCACAGAACGGGUGCAGUGAAAGCCCAAGUCCACCAGACGUAUUUCUGCUGGAAGAAAGCGAGUUUUCUGGUAGAUAAUUGAAAAAAGAACAGUGAAAUGAAAAGAAGAGAGAAUUCUAAAGGAACAGAAGCCUGGGGAAAAGUCAACUUAAAGGGUGUGUUCUUCUCAAAGGGCAAGGUUUCAGAAGUAAAUUGAAAUUCAAAGUGUUACCAAAAUAUAUACAUAUUAAUAAUAAUAAGGCAAGUCAAAUACCCUCUUCCCCCUUUGGUUUUAACAGCAUUUGGAUUCAGAGGACUGAUGCAGAAGCAACUCAGUGGUUCUCUGAAUACUGUAUUGACUGAAUUGGUGAGAUGUCAGUCUAAUUCCUGGAAAGGCAGUAUUUGUCUGAUGGCUUGAGAGUAGAAGCCGCUUUUGCUCUUGGAUUGGUCCAUCUGUUUUGUCUUGAAGGUGGCUUGCAUGGCAACCAUAAAAAUUCAGCCUUUCCUAUGUAUUCAACCCACAGUAGGCCAAACUUUCUGUUAUGCUGUUAAAAAAAAUAUUCAGUGUAUACUGUUCACCAAUACAAUGUAUGUGGGUGUGCGUGUAUUUUAUUUUCUUCCUUUAAAAACAAUAUUACACAAACUAUGAUUUUGUAUAUGUGAAGACAGAAGAAACUACAUGGAAAGGGCAUGGAGAAGAUGAAAUGUGUGAAGCUGUGCUCCGUCCAAAGGUCUUUCGAAUGCAGACACCUGAAUUCUCACAGGAGUACUGGUUUGUGAAAUGCUAAGAGGAAUGGACAAAGUCAAGAGAAGAUACAAGACAAAACAAGCAGAUGCCAUUUAGAUGGCUCUGAAAUAUAGGAGAAGGGAUUCUCUGCCCCCCAGACCCUGCAGGCAGUUUCAGAAAAGCUUAGAUUCGUGUAGAUGAAAGCUCUAAAAUCUGUCUGGUUAGUAACAUUGCUUUUAAAGAAAGAGAUAAGGGAAGACUUUUUUUUUUUUUUUUCUGAAAGAAUGAGAAAAAACACUGAGGAAAAAAACAAUUUGCUUUCUGUGUUUUAAAUUAGCAUUGUUAUUUGUGGAAUUGUAUUUCUUAUUUUCCUUUGAAGAAUUCUGUAAGCGAAAUAUUGUUAGAUCAGCUUUCCCCAGUGCUGUGCUGGUGAUCAAAUUAACCUCUAUGAAAACUGGACUCUUGAAGUACUCAUUUAAAAUGGCUGCAUGACUUCAUAAUAUUUUAAUGCAUUAAAAAGGGAGGCAAGAAUAUCAAAGUGGCAGUGUCAAGAAGACACUGCAAUCUAAUACUGAUGCUGAGACCUUUCCUAUACUUUUCCUUUGCUUCUAUUUGUUUUUGAGUUCUUUUAGUUUAAGCAAACAGAUGACAAGGCUGUUUCAGAGUGCGUAUUACACUUGUUAAAAUAAGCUGGUCUGACCCUCCAAGACUAAAGUCCCACAAAGGUACUUUAAACUUUACUUGAAUACUGAUGCAGGUGGCAAACAGGUCAGGCUAUUACCAUUUCUUAUGUGCCCCACUCACCCCUGAUCUUUUUGCCUUGAAUGGAUUUUUAACAGUGAGGUUACUUCCUGCUGUAAAGGGACAGAAUCACUCUCUGAAAUAAUCUUCCUAACUGUUAGGAACUGGAUUUUGUCAAAGAUGCACGGAAUGCUGACACACACACUACUGAAAAUCCCACUUUUCCAACCUGUUUUGACUAUUUGUAAGGCAACAGAGAAACAUUGUAGAGCACAAGUGGAGGGCUUUGUUUUGGUGUGUGGUUUUAUUUAAUUUUAUUUUCUUUUUUUUUUUUUAUAAUUUUAGUUCAGAGGGAAAGAUUAGAUUUUGAUUAGAAAAUAUAUUCUUAUAAAUGCAAGAAUUGCUGGAGUUCCUCCUGCUUUCAGCCUGGGGAGAUGAUCUUUGUAUGUUGUUGACAGCAAUGUAACAGGCAUCAAGAUCUGUCCUAUAUACCCAAUUCCCCCCACCUUUUUUUUUUUUUAAUUAAAAAAAAAACCAAACAUGCAGGAAUUUGUUUUUACAUCACUGUUACAAAACCCAAUAGUAUUUAGGAGUAGCUGCUCACAGUACAGAAGGACUGGACUCCACAAGUUAUAGUAGUAGGAUGAGUUGUUGCUUUAGAAUACUGCCUUGUUUGUUUUUGUUUUUGUUUUUCACUGGGGUUGUCUUUAUUAUUACUCUUUUUAUUUUCCCAGAAUAUCUAUUUUUAUGCACUUGACUCCCAUUAAUCCUUUAAAAAAUAUUCAUAGAAAAAAAUAUACAUUUAAAUAUACAUAGAACUAUAUAUAUUAAAAAAGCGGGUUGAUCCAAUUAACAUAGUGCUGUAGUUUAAAAUGUUUAUUUUUAUGCAAAACCUGUGGAUUAUUGUUUUUUAAAAAACAAAGACAAGAUUCUAAGUACUAGAACUGUGAUUUUUUUUUUUUUUUUUUUUUUUUUUUUUGUCUUGCAAGUAGUUGUUGUAGACCAUUUAGAAAGCUGUGCUGAUACCUAAUUUAUUGUGGGCUUUUUUCCCUGAUUUUGUUGUCUUCUGUGUUUGAACCAGAUGACUGUCCCAACAAGGAUCCUUGUAAGACCUUUUCAUUUUAUUGAGCUUGCAAUGCAACUAUCCAGUACUGUAUUGUCCCUGCAGACAUCGUAACACUCUGCAAAAAAAGGGAUGUUGUUUUCAGGUCACGUGAGUGAUGCUCAAAUAUUGCUAGUGGGAAGGAUGCUGCGUGUCUCUCCACUUGCUUCCCCCCAGCCCAAAAAUCCCAACCCCCCGAACCCUUUGCAGAGCAGGUAGGAUGGGUUCCCUGGAUCUUGCAUUGCUUGCAAAUAAGUGGUAUCAGCGUGUCUCAGUCAGACUCUGAAAAUGCAGGAUGGGACCCACAGUUUAUAAAUUGCCUUAUAUGAAAGCAGGGUGGUAUAGCAGGAACCUUGUAGAUGGCAAUGUUUUUUGGAACCAGGGGAGCUCUUGUCUGUCUCCUGGGUCAUGUUCAGCCCAUUGCAAACAGCCACAACUCCUCCUAUUGUCAGUAUUUUUGUGUGCUUAAAUAGCUUGAUUAUAGUUGGUAUUACCUGGUGAAAUGAACUUCCCAUUUUCUUUGGUUUAGGACUGAUUCAAAUACAAAGAGGGACAGUAAACUCCCAAGUAGGCUGUGCCCACAGUGAUUUUUCAGUUUGCAGGCUGAACUGAAAAAUCUGGGGAAAAAAAGUUGUAAGGGUGACCUAGGACAAUUUUUUUUUUCCCUCAGUGGGAUAAAAAAGGGAAAAUCCAAAC